AUGUUAAAUAUAGCCGCAAGUUGUAUCGACGGCAGUCGCUCCCAUACCGUGCUGUUCCAAUAGUUUAUUUAUGAAGUGAAAUUAGAUAAGGUUAUGUGUGUGCCUAAUAUGAAAUAAUUAUGCAAUUCGAAGGAGCGAGACGACUUUGAGGGUGAAAAUGUCAAAGAUUUACGAAGAAGUGGACCCAGGGUUCGCAGUCAAGUGUAGUGACGUCACACUAUGCUCACACACGAAGGGCUUCUUCAGGGAGCUGGUAGAUGAGAUGGCCUCCCUGGCCGACAAGGAUGACUGGAUCCAGACAUUGGAGAAGUUGCCCGAGGCAGAAAAAAUUGCUGCAGUUUUGGACAAUAAGGAGGUUAUGGGCGCCAUGACAGAAGUGUUAUCGCGGAUCCAGCCUCUGUACCGAGGCAAAGACCCGAAGGUUUCGCAGGAGCGUCUUCAAGUCGCAAAGGCAGCCUUGGAUAAGGGUGACCUCAAGGAUGCCCUCACCUUGGUUACUCAGGCUAUUUUCAAGUCUCCUCCUGCAGGUUUGGACGACUCACUGGACGGAGGAGCUACGCUGGCCAUGUCCUUGUGGCUACGAUCUGAAGUGCUUCUGAAGAUGGACAGGCCUCAAGCUGCCUUGGAAGACCUGAAGAUGGCGCUGAAAGAACGACUCCCGGCCAAGAUGCGACCUUCCUACUACUGGCGUAUGGGGCAUUGUUACAAAGGUAUUGGCGAGGCAUCCAGAGCGAAGGUAUCGUACGAGCUGGCAGCACGGUUGUUGAGUAGUGAUGAAGAGGCUACAAACAGACUGGCCAAAGACAUAGCAAAUCUGGACUACUCCGUGCAACCGAAACAACCGACAGAAAAACCCAGGUUAUUGCUGACAGCGGGCGCUAAACCCAAUGCGCCUUCGCUCUCCAAGCUGCUCAAAAUCGCUGAGGAAGGCGGCAAGGGCCGCUACGCAGUAGCCAACGCCAGGAUUCGAACAGGGGACGUUCUGUUGGUGGACAGCCCCUACGCCGCCUGUCUCCUACCCGACUUCUUCGGGACUCAUUGUCAACACUGCUUUAAGAGGAUUGAGGACUGUAUUGACACAGCUCCAGUGUGGUGCCCCAGAUGUUCUGGAGUGGUGUUCUGCAGCGCGCAAUGUCGCGACACUGCGGCCUCCUACCACAGCCACGAGUGUCAGUUCUUGGAUCUCUUCAUUGGUUCCGGGAUGUCGGUUCUAAGUUUCAUAGCUCUGAGGAUGGUCACUCAAGCAGGACUGGAAACUUCCAUGGCGAUACAUUCAAAACAUUUAUCUGGCGACGCGAAAACGGUGGAGGGAACGGCUCUUAAUGAUAUUGAAGGUGUAGCCAAGAAAUUCAAAAUGAAAAGUAGGAAAGAAAGGUUGAACAGAUCCAGAAAAGUUAAAAGCUUGUCAGAGAAGGUCAAAGAAGAAGAUAUAGAAACUAAAGAAGACAAGAUGAAUAUAGAAGAGACAAUUGAGUUGAAGGCUGCACAAAUAUAUUCUUUGUGCACACAUUCCGAACAGAGAAAAGGCGAAGACUACUUGAAAAGAAUAAUUAUGGGACUAUUUUUGACGGAAUGUUUAAAAAAAGUGGGCUUUUUCAAAACAUGUGAAGCUGAUAAUAAAGUGAGAGCCGAGACAUCAAUCUGUGCGUUGAUUGUCAAGAACCUUCAACUGCUGCAGUUCAAUGCCCAUGAGAUCUACGAGACGGUCCGGGGGGAUCACCCCUUCUCUGGCUCCAAGCCAGUUUACAUCGCCGUGGGGAUCUAUCCUACGGGAGCUCUCUUCAACCACGAGUGCUAUCCUGCUGUUGCUAGAUACUUCGACGGCCGCAACGUCGUCCUCCGAGCGACGCGACCGCUUGCUCCCGGAGAUGUGGUGUCAGAGAACUACGGGCCCCACUUUAUGAUGAGAGGACUGAAGGAGCGUCAACGAGUGCUGGCAUGUAGAUACUGGUUCCGAUGCGAGUGCACCGCUUGUGUGGAAGACUGGCCCACUAUGCAGCAGUUGACCAGUAAUACUCCGCCUUAUUUGAGGUGUGACAACGCGGACUGCUCGUAUAAAUUUCGAGCCAACAUGCAGUCCCUGCCAAAUAGGUGUCCCAAAUGCUCAACGGCCAUCGAAAGCGAGAUCGUAAAGGCUGGUCUGGAUACAAUCCAAAAGUGUAUUGAUCUUUAUCAGAAAGGAGCACACCUGAUGGACGAAGGCCGUACUGAAGAUGCUACGUCGGCCAUGUGCGAUGGCAUAGACUUGUACCACGAGAUCGCCAGGCCUCCGCAUCGAGACACGCACCUUGCUCAGGAAUCACUGAGAUCCUGCUUCGCAGCAGCUGGCAAUGUGCACAUAGUACCAGCCAAAGAUAUAGCUGCCAAAUAAAUCACCAUAAAACCAGGACGGUUUGAAUAAGAAAGGUUAAUGUGCUGCCAUUACAUUAAUGUACGAGAAGUCUCAUCCAUAGCUCCUUACAAUAGAUCCAAUACUGUCUAUGUACGAAACGGAAGCUAGUCUUGCAUAGGAUUAUCAUUCGCAGAUGGAGAUCACAACAUGCUAUCAUGAUCAAAGCAGGUAGUAGGUUGGCCUGACAAUGGAAAGACUAGUAGUUUGUCUCCUUGAAUCAUCUGUAACUAUGGUUUAAGAUAUCCUUAGUAGAUACCAUUGGAGCUGUUACCAAAUUUACUAAUUGUUACCCGUUAAGUUUUUAUGUCAAAAUAAAAUUGUUAUAUGUACUGUAAA